GUCUGAAAACAUUUAGAAUUGCCUUUUUAUAUCGGCACAGUAAAAUUCUGAAUCACUUACUCUUAAAUUGUCUUACUGUUCAGUGGUUUUGUGUGAAUUAUUUUUUAAAUUACCAAUCGCCAUUUUCCUGUAGCGGCAAGAAUGUUAAUUCAAUCAUUAUGGUGUAUUUUAUUAACAAGUUUUAAGUGUACGUGUUUUAAUAUUUUGACGACUGAUGAACUUGAAAACCACAUCAGCCCUGAAGAUUUAAGGGAAUUUUUGAAAUAUGGCGACGUACUCCCAAGCUCUACGAAUAGUCCAGAAUAUGUUGGUUACGCUGAUUUCGAAGACACAACAUCUAAGCUGCCCGUUCCAAAUACAGUGGACUGCUUUGGCUUAGGCAACUUCAUAAAUAAACUUGGGUUUUUGAACAUGAAGCCCGGAUCAUCCGACAGUAUUAACACACAUUUCUACUUCUCUUCUAGACAACAACCUCAAAGGGUUCAGGUAUUCCCUGGAGACCAGUUUGGACUGGAGUGGGUAGAUUUUGACCCAAGCCGAAGAACCGCCAUGAUAGUACACGGAUUCAUGAGCCAUAGCAACGCAUCGUGGGUUCGUGAUAUGACAAGUGCCUUAUUAAAUUGGGCGGACCUUAACGUGAUCGCCGUGGACUGGAGCAAGGGAGGCGAUACGUGGAAGUACUGGCGCGCUGUUGCCAAUACAAGACGAGUUGGCUCCGAUGUUACUGGGUUCAUGCGCCAACUCAUAGCGGUGACUGGUGCCAGGUUGAAAGACUUUCAUUUCAUAGGACACAGUCUUGGAGCGCAUAUAGCUUCAUACGUCUCCUUCCACCUAGGCAGAGUUGCCAGGAUUACGGGUUUAGAUCCAGCUCAACCAUGCUUCGGCGAUUCAAGUGCUGUGGAAAGAUUGGAUCCCUCGGAUGCUGACUUCGUGGAUGUUAUUCAUACCAAUGGCCGUCUUUUAAAGAAGAUUGGCUUUGGAUUACCCGAUCCUAUAGGCCAUGCCGACUUCUACCCAAAUGGAGGAAUGCAGCAACCAGGCUGCGUAAACCGAACAAAGUCUCUAUGGUCGAAAUUGAUUCCUUUUUCUGCUUCACGUCUCCAGCAAGCCAUAUGCAGCCACGGAAGAGCGUAUAUGCUAUUUACGGAGUCAUUGAUAAAUGACAACUGCACGUUCAGGGCUUACCGGUGGAAUUUGACAUAUGAAGGAGUGAAUUCAAGUUUGGUAGCGGCCUGCGAUCGUCAAGCAUCAUGUGCUGAAAUGGGAAUUAAUGCUAUCGGUGGAGUAUUGAGGCAGAAGGCAAAGGGGCCAUACUUCGUGCUCACUACUGAGAGAGAACCUUAUUGUCCUACAGAAUGGCAACGCCAGCACCCUCGAACUGACCUCCUCCGAGACUUGAAGUUCGGUUUCCGAAUCGACAGAUCGGUAAAACCGAACGUCACCCAGGCGUACGGAGACCCAUUUGAACCGACCACAGAGAAAAGCUGGUUCCGAAGAAUACUUUCGUUUGGUUAAGACUGAUUGUUAAAUUAUAUUAUUGAUUAAUUUACGUUUAACUUAA